UCGGCUUCUAUGACGUGUCUUCAGCAGCUCCACUGCGUUAGCACUGAGAGGUCCGUCAUGGUGCUGCUGGAAAACGACGCGUUUCUCACAGAGCUCACUCGGCUCUUCCAGAAGUGCAGAACAUCAGGCAGCGUUGUCAUCACACUAAAGAAGUAUGAUGGAAGAACCAAACCGGCACCCAGAAAGGGCCACUCGGAGUCCUUUGAACCCGCUGAUAACAAGUGUCUCAUCAGAGCAUCUGAUGGCAAGAAGAAAAUAAGCACAGUGGUCAGCACCAAAGAAGUAAUUAAGUUUCAAAUGGCAUAUUCCAACCUCCUUAGAGCUCACAUGGAUGGUCUAAAGAAAAAAGACAAGAAAAGCAAGAGCAAGAAAACAAAAGCCACCCAAUGAGCAACAGACUCUUUAACCUAACUCUGGGCACCUAAACAGUCCUCGUCGAUCCGAGGGGACUGGUUGAGGGCACGGCCUGAUCUGCAGCCCCACUCGGCUCUCUUUCCAUUAAUCUGAGGCCUCACGACCACUGUUCAUUUACCUGGUGACUGUGUAGAUAUAAUGCCAUUGUCUGGUGACGUCUCAUCCCCGGCUGCCCGGUGCCAUCGGUGAUUAGGAGUGACUACCUGAGGAUUUCUUGUAUCAUGAGAAGCAAUCAAAUUCUAAUGAAUCUCCAACAUUUUUGCUUCAGAACAGUUGUGCCACCUCUGGAGCCAUGUCCAAGGAGCCCAUUGAUUAACAGCUUAUCAUUUAUUUUUAGUUCCUAUUUAUGAUUUUUCUUUUUUUCUCAAUCCUCCAUUGUUUUAAAUUUCUAACGUGGGUGCUUAGACACAGAAAAAGCCGAUGUUACUGGUGCGUUUUUGUUGAAACUCACUCAUUGGGUUUUGAGUCUUUGGAUCUAUUUUAUGUUCACCUUGUAAGGAUAAAUAUAAUUGGCCCCGUUUUGGAAUUAUGUACUCAAGCCAAGUCUUAAACAUUAAAUCAAAUGUAUAGCUUUAGUUUCUGGUUAAGUUCAAAGUCACCUUUUCUGAAAGGUGGUAUAAAGACUUAUAAAUACAGACACAAAAAAGAAGAGGUUGUAAGUCCAAUAAAGUAGUUUUUGUUUACCGCACUUAUAUGGCAGGUUUAACUACAGUUGGAGUGUUUUUUUUCUAUCGUCUCUUCACUGCAACAGAAUUUAAGUUCAGAAAUAAAGUGCUUUGUUAAGAA